GUACAUAGUUUGAGAUCGAGGUUGUACUACCGGAAUUGACUUCCUCUCGAUCUCCGAAACGUCAAAACAGAAAUUUCAGCUAAGGUUUGCGCCGGUUUAUUUGUUUCCAACUCCAAGACAGGAAUACUGCAAAACUGACAAGUGGAAGAAUUGGACCGUCCAUCACUCUACAGGGCAGCACUUCGCCAAAGUGAGCAAGUUUAAUCAGGAAAAAUUGGAGCAAGAAAAACAGAUCUGGUGUAAACAAGGAGUAAACGUCAUCAUGGUGCGGAAGGCAGGACCAACCAACGUCAUUAAGGUGAAACAGGAGCCGGUGGACACCCCCCAAGACACCGUCAUCAAUGAUUAUGACCUUGUCACGUUCUCCGUGCGGGAGCUGAACCGUCGGCUGCGUGGCCUGACCAAAGAACAGGUCAUCAUGCUGAAGCAGCGAAGACGCACCUUGAAGAACCGCGGCUACGCGGCCAACUGCCGCGAGAAACGCGUCUCCCAGAAGGAGACCCUGGAGGAAGAGCAGACGCGACUGCACGAAGAAGUCCGGGUGCUCGACCGCCAGAACCAGAUCCAGAAGCAGAAGCUUGAAGAUGUCCAGGCCAAGUACCAGUCGUUGCUGAAAUUUGCUGAGAAGACCAAUGUCCAGGUGGCAUCUUGAAACGAUCAAAUCAGGAAACACAAAGCAUCAGAUUUUUACGGAUUGACAUUCAGUUAUCGUGCACAAUUUUCUGUAAAAUCCCCAAAAAUGCUCCAAUCAUGAACAAGGCAUCUGUGUGCAGCUCACAUCACAAACAACUCAUACGAAUGACAGCAACCUGAGAAAAUUUAACUCUUUCGCUACGGCGAGCCGCUGACAGCGGCACACAAAAAUUGUACAUGUCGUACGGCAAGCCGCUGGCAGCGGCUCGGUGACGUCGCUGUGAAUAAACAGGGUAUCCCCAUGACGUGUGCCUUAUCUACAUAAUUUAUAUCGUAUAACCUCUGACCCUAGUUUGAGCCGCUGCCAGCGGCUCUUCGUCUCGCCAGGGUCUGCUGCAGGUUAUUGUGAGCAGUUUGUUUACAGAGAGACAUUUCAAGAUGGCGGCGUCCACAUCGACACACGGCGGAAUUUCCAGCGAUUUAUUACGUCUAAACGUGAGUAAAUCGGGAAAUUAAAUUCCGUAGCGAAAGAGUUAAUUUCAUGAAAUAAAUUCUUAAGUUAAAACGAUUUGUACCUAGAGAGUUAGAGUGUAUCAAAUACUAUAAACUCUCGUUUUUUAUUGUUACGCAAAACCUGAUUUUUCAUUAGUUGCUGUUGUGUAUGCAAAAAUAAUGUUAACUGUAUGUUAACUACACUGGUACAAAUUUAGGAACACAGUUUUUAAAAAGUUUGAUUUCAUCUUCGUUAGUAACUCCUAACGUUUGAGAAAAAGAAGUUACAUGUUUUGAUGGUAAAGGGUAAUUUUUUUAAUUCAGUUGUAUUUGACCUUUUUACAGACAUACAUGGAAUUGAAAAUAUUUGUCAGUUUGAACGGAAAAUAUAGUGUUUCAUAAUAAAAAUGCAAUAUAAGCAGCUUUAAAUACAAAAGGAUGUUUAUUAUAAAGGUCUAAAAAAUUACUGCACAUUACUAAAGUAACCGAAAUGCAUGUUACCAUUAAUAUUGAUAAUUUUUAUCUUAUUGUAAUCAAGUUGAAUAAGAGGGGAAAGUGUGCGAUGAUUUGCAUAUUUAUUGUGUUAUGAAAUGGUCAAAUUUGGAGAAGGCCUUUAUUUUGGAUUCAACAAGGAAUCACUUCCAUCUUAACAUUUUGUUUUUCGCAAUGUUCUAGACAUAUUUGCGGUGCGACUGUACCCAUUCCAUUCUAAUUUGGGAGAGGUCUUUUAUGUAUGAUCAAUAGUCAGAUUUGCUGGACAGGUUGCAUGUUAUUGUUCAGGGCAUGUUUGGGGCUUUUGUUUAGAGAUAUAUUUUUCACUUUUUGUA